CGUGAUUGCCGUUUGCGUAUAUGGUGAUAGAGUGAACUAGCCUCCCUUACAUCAUUUUCUUGUGAUAUGUUAAGGGGGUGACCUAAUUGCUGUAUUGGGGAUGCGCACAAUCACCUCCCUAUCUGCCCCGAUGGUGGGAAAAUACCUCGGUAGAUAUUCGCUGAGCCAUGGAACUUUUAGUUCUUGGUUUUUCAUCCCUUGCAUGUUGGGUCUUCUGCAGGCGGUUCUAGCGCUUCAUCUAGUACUGGCGCAAGGACUACAUGUGCCUAAGUAUCACCUUAAAGUAAGCUGUGUUAAUAGGGAUUUCGAGACGAGGAAUUUCUUGAAGCCAUCAAGUCUGUCUUAAUAAAAUAAUAUAGGUGUAUAAAUUUUCCACGAAUAAUCCUCAAUUUGGACUAGCCUCCGGAGCUCGAUGGUCUAUGAACUGCUUAUUGACAUUCUCGUUAUAACACAUCGCCGAAUUACAAAUCUAAUGUUAU